AUGUUUACACCGUUUCAUGAUGACAACUUUGCUACACGUGCUAUUUGUAUUGGUAGCGGUCGUUUUAUGCGUGCAGUACUGAUUCCUGUGUUUCAAGCACUUGAGAUUGGUGUCGUAGUGGCUCAAACUCGUGGGACAAAUUUUGCAACGGCUUGUAUCAAUUCAAAAGGAAAAUAUGAGGUGGAUAUUAUCGAUCCAAAAGGAGGUGUGACGACAAAAAUGUAUCAAGUAAAAGCGGUCGGGUCUUUGGGUGUACCAGAAGGUCGGACGGCGUUUAUAGAGCUUCCGGCUAAAUUACCACAUUUAAAGUACGUGGGUUUUGGAGUUACAGAAGCUGGAUUACAAUCAAAUACACAGGUUAUUCAGGAUCUAGCUGCGUUCCUACAAGGUGCUUUUCAAGCUAUUCCUGACAACAGUUUGUCCAUUAUCAAUACGGACAAUUUCCCAAACAAUGGUGAUCAUAUUCAAAAACUGGUGUGUGAGUUAGAUUGGGUCAAAUGCCAUGAUGCUACUGCGUUUCGGACAUAUUUGGAGGAUAAAGUGCACUUUCAUAAUACCAUGGUAGACCGAAUUACAAACCACCGGAUUGGAGACUCCCUAGUACCUCUUACGGAGCCGAUGCCGGCGAAAGCUAUUGUCAUUGAAGACUUGAAGGGAGUACUGGAUGCUGAUACUUUUCAAAAAGUACCCGGUGUUCACUUGCGCACUGCAGAGUCAGAAAUUGCCAAGGACUAUUUGCUCAAGUUUUCGUUGGGGAAUGCAGUGAACUCGGCGAUGGUUUAUCUCCUGGCACUUUCACGACGACGGAAAGCCAAUGAGUUCCAGAAGUUCCCGAUCAUCAGCGAGUACUUAGAUGCACUGUUUGAAACGGACAUUUUACCAGCAUUAGUUGCUGGUAAUGUCGCUGAAAAUGAAGCUCGAAAGUUUUAUGCGGAGUGGCUUGUGCGCAUGAAGCAUCCUCACUUUGGGCUGGACAAUUUUUGGGUCGCUCAGAAUGCACUUUUGCGAAUUCACGUUCGUCUUUUGAACUCGGUAAACAUUAACAUUGCUAACAACGAGAACUACCGUCCAAGCAAGUUUAUGGCGUUUGCAAUUGCUGUUGCAUUGCGAUUCCUUACACCGUGUCAAGCCGAUUCAAAACGCGACGCCUCGACCAUCUUCGUUGGUCAAAUGGACUCCAUCCAGAAUAUCGCGCCCAUUUACUCGACAACUGAAAAGACUUGGAGCUACGAUAGAGGUCUUACCGCCAACCUCUCUACGGGUAGUGAGGAGGUUCUUGGUGCCAGCAAGAGUAGUAGUCAGGACUUCCCCAAAUCUGCGCGUGCCGAGUCUUCCUCUGAGAUAUCCAGUGGUGUUGGCGUCGCCGUUGCUAGCAUACUCAGCUCAGUCGAGGGCUUUGAUCUCACGAACGAUGCGUACGCUUCGUUUGCAGCUGAUGUUGCAGCUCUGUACCAGCGUCUCGUGUCCGGCAAGCAGACGGCCCUUGAGACCCUCAGCGACGUGCUACGCAAUCACCACACUAGUGAGUAUCUCGCUACCAAGGAGGAGGUUGUGACAUUUGUGCGCGAGACUGUCGCCAACGUCCAGAUCAUUGACGUGCAUACGCAUCUGUUCCCUCCAAGCCACGGCAAGCUCAUGCUCUGGGGCAUUAACGAGCUGCUGACCUAUCACUACCUCGUGGCUGAGUUUCUGCAGACGGCGCCCAUGCAAGUGGAAGAGUUCAAUUCAUAUUCGAAGGAAAAGCAGGCCGGUCUUAUCUGGCAACACCUGUUCGUCGACCGUUCUCCAGUAUCGGAAGCUUGUCGUGGAGUGCUGACGACACUGCACUUGCUGGGCCUGGACUGUCUUGUGGCAAAGCGUGACCUACCUGCUAUCCAGGAAUGGUUUAAACAGCAAGAUCCUGAGGAGCACGUUGACACGGUGUUUCGCCUGUCGGGCCUCAAGUAUGCAGUAAUGACCAAUAUCCCGUUUGAACCAGAGGAGGCUCGCCACUGGCUGGGCGAUCCGGCUACAAAUACGCCUCCGCCUGCGUGGUCGCGCAAGUUCUUCCGUUCGGCACUGCGUGUGGACCAGAUUCUUCUUGGCGACUGGUCGUCCAUUGGUCCGACGCUGGACGUGUUCAAGCUACCGCACACGCUGGUGGGUGUGCGCACGCUUUUGGAGAAGUGGAUCGAGAUCAUAAAGCCCGAGUACUUUAUGGCGAGUGUGCCCGUUUUCUUCAAGUACCCAGAUGAUAAUGCGCCCCAGUCUGGUGCGAAUGAACAGCCGAACGGUGCGGAGCUGCUGCUACAGGUAUUGCUGCCUCUGGCUGAAGAAAAGAAGCUACCUAUCGCGCUCAAGUUUGAUAGCGUGCGUCCUAUUAACGCUCGGUAUGGUGUGGCGGGCGACGGCGUAAAGCCCAGCAAUGUGGAUAUCUUGAUCAAGCUAUGCCGUGACUUUCCUAAAGUAAAGUUCUUGGCCACGUUUCUCUCGCGCGUGAACCAGCACGAGGUGACGGUGACGGCCAAUAAGUUUCGCAACUUGCACCUGUAUGGCUGCUGGUGGUACUGCAACAACCCGUCCAUCAUUGAGGAGCUUACGCGGAUGCGUAUCGAGAUCCUGGGCACGGCAUUUACGAGCCAGCAUUCCGACGCGCGUGUGCUGGACCAGCUGAUCUACAAGUGGAGCCACUCGCGCGAUGUGAUUGGCGAAGUGCUUGUCGACAUGUACAAGAAGCUGUUUGCAACGGGCUGGAAGGUGUCCAAGAGCGACAUUCAACGCGAUGUACAACGGUUGUUUGGUCAGAGCUAUGAAGAGUUUAUGGAGAAGGACAUGUAA